UAUUCUGAAACCAUAAUAUUGAUGUAAAUUCUUGGAAAAUUACUAUUUUUUAUAUUCACACUGAUUAGAUAUUUUGUUUAUACUACGUAACCAUGCACGCUUGGUUAUUGUAACCAUGAUAAAUAUUUACUUAAAUUAAACACAUAUCCAUAUUCUUGCAAUUUUUUUUUUUCAAAACAAGCGAUAUUAAAUUAAAAAGUUUAAUUAGACAACAAUUGAUAUGAUUUAAAAAGUUUAAAUUAUGCCUGAACAAACAGAACUCGAUCUACUUGCAGCUGCUGAGUAUGCACGUCUACAAAAACAAUUAAGAACUCUUCAAUUGGUGUUAAGAAAACUUCUAGAUGACAAAGCAAAACAACUCAAGAAACAAAAUCGAAUGAUUUCUGUUCUUCAACAGGAGCAUCAAGAUUUACUGGUUCAGAUAAAUUGCCUUGAGAGUGGAAGCCAUGCUAGAAAAAAAUCAAUAGCUGAGAAAAAACUAGUCAGGAUACAAGAGCAAUUUGUUGAUCAGAAAAAAACUCUUGAAACCGAAAAAACAAGCUUGUGGGAACUUGAGGGUCAUAUUAGAAAGAUUGAGAAAGAGAUUGAAUCAUUACGGAGAAUUGAAGUUCCAGAUAGUUGCUACAAAGAAGCAAUAACUAAGGUGCAAAAGAGUGUAGUCAAGCUUGAAAAUCGUCUAGAUGUUGUUAAUAAGAAAUACAGUGAUGCCUUGACAGAAAACUCUAAACUAAGAGACUCUAUAGAUCACAUGCUUCAGGAUAGAACGAGCUUUAAUGAAAUGUGGCAAUCAAUGGUGGAGCAAUUUAACGAGGGCAAAAAAUACAUAAUGGAGCUGAUUGAUCAAUCAACUCUUGCAUUUGACCAACGCGAGGAGUUAAGUACCAAGUUGCAAUCACUUAAAGAUCGAAAUGAAAAUGACAAACUCAUGCAUAUUCAGGAAAUGCGUGAAAUGCAACGUCGAUUAGAACAUGAUGCUAAGCUUCAACAAUUUUUCGAUGUAAAAGGACAAAGAAGAUCGAAUCCUGAAUUGGAACAAAGAGAGUUUGAUAAGAAGCAACAACAAAAGGAAGACUUUGAACAACAACUCUCCGAAUACAAUGGCAUUAUUCAAGAAAUAAAACGUCUUUAUCAAGAAGAAGACACCAACUGCUUGGCAGCACAGUUCAAAAGACAAGAAGAAGAAAAUUUUGCACUAUUCAGUUAUGUCAACGAAUUAAGUCAUGAAGUUGAAAUGUUGAAUGAUUCUACUCAGGAGCUUAAUGAUGAAAUAGAACGACAAAAAGCUGAUCAAGCUGAAAAAGAGUUCAAACAAAAAACUGAAGACAUUGAUUAUCUAACAAGUCAACAUCUUAUCAUUCAAAGUUCUACCGAAGAUUCGGUUAAAAGUAAAAAAUUGGUUGAAGUGCAACUAAGCAAGUUAUUGAGUGGAAUAGAGAUUAUCUACAGCUUAAUUCAUUGCGAUAAUUCACCAAUUCUAAAUGUACUUAGUGCUAAAACAGCCUUGAGUGUUCAUAAUGUAAAAUUGAUAUUAGGAGUUGUGGAACGACGAAUUAAUUUAAUCAUUAGUGAAAAUGUUGAAGAUUUAUCUUCGAAAAUUCUUGCUAAAAAAGAUCGUGUUCCUAAAUUCAAUAUAAAGGAAACUUCCAAAAUGAAGAAUUAA